AUGCUGUAUCAGCAUGUCGCUGGAGCUUGGAGUACCGUACUGGAGUAUGUACUGGCGCUCGAGCGUUUACUAGGGCUCGGUGACUUCACCGAGCGGAGCGUCGCAGGCUAUAUCCCGACGGACGAAGGAAGGACAUCUUCCCUACGUUGUUGGUCGCUCCCGCUAGCCAGUACUGGGCUCCCCUUGUGCCCUUCUGAUUCUCGAAGCGACCGCGCGCUUCCUCCGACUCGGACGAAUCUGAAUGGGCUGGCUGGACGAAUCCGAGGUGGCGAAAUAUGGUCAAACGCGGUUCCUUUUGUCUCUCAGCUUGAAUGGGCUGUCGGGGCAGUUCCUGGCGGAAAUGGAGAGCCAAUAUCUCUCGAAAAAUCUCGGGUUAAACAGACCAAUAUGAAUCGUUAUGUUCUGGUACCGUAG